AGGAGCAAUGCGCGUAUCGUAAUCUCUCCUCCCCCUUCUCCUCUCCGCUCCGCUCCAUCUCUCUCAACCCUCUCUCUCCCUCUCUCUUAUAUUGAAAUUGUCCAGUGUAGAACAUGAUCACAGAACACCGCUUCAGUAUUGCUGCACAUUGUCGGGCAUUUCGCAAAAGCCGAUCACUUGAAACAGAAUAAGCAGACAUAAAGGAAAGGACUUCAGAGUCCCACAUUAUAUUUUUAAAGGUGGACCAACACUUAAAAAAAAAAAGAUCGUCCGUUUGCGCGUGUUGAGCGUUGCAACCUAGCUAGGUGUUUAAUAACUAUAACAGUCUAACUACAGUAUCAAGUAGCUAUGCAUAUGCACGUUAUAAUGCGCGCGAGCAUUGGAUUAGUCGGUUUGUGUCUGGUCGCCUUUGUCCAACAGCCAGCUCGCGCUUCAGGAAGCAAAUCCACUCAAGAUGUGGACGAGUGUGCAGAGCAAAUUGACAACUGCAGCACCGAUGCCAUCUGCCAGAAUACACUCAAGUCAUACAAAUGCAUCUGCAAGUCGGGCUACAAGGGGGAUGGCAAGCACUGCGAAGAUUUAGACGAGUGUGCGAGUGAGUACAACGGCGGCUGUGUCCAUGACUGCAUCAACAUCCCGGGGAACUACAGGUGCACAUGCUAUGACGGAUUCCGCCUUGCACACGACGGACACAACUGCCUCG